GGCGGUGGUGGUGGUAACGGAACUGGUGGGGGCGGCGAUGUCGCGGAGAAGGAGGAGAGGCCACCGGCUUCAGAGAGUGUCGAGCCGACGGCCGCGUUUGACGUCGCAUCUCUCGUACUCUACGGCUCGCGCGCACUGCCGAUACGUCUUAAGAUCUUGCUCGAUCAGUUGUUCAACCAAUUGCCGCACGCGCAAGUGACACGUUUACUAGCCGCUUUCGGCUGGACGUACGAGGAUUACACGCGGGGAUACAUACUGCAGGACUCGCAGAACGGCCCGGUGCUGGACCGAUGGAGCAUCUGUUCGCCUGAAGAGGAACCGCUGGUGUUGCAGCAGUUCCUCAGAUUCGCCGAGACGCGUCCGUUUGUGCAGCAGUUGCUGCUGGCCGCCGGAACGCCGGGGACGGAUGCUAUGUCACCAAGCAGACGACCUUCGCCGCCGACGAUGCCACUAGCACACCUACCACCCCCUCUCCACCUGCUUCACUGCGGUCUCCCGCCUCCGGGCUCGAGAUUGCCUCCGCCUCUGCCACCGCCGCCACCGCCGCCAGCGGUCUCGCAUCCGUCGAUGUCACCGACCACACAGAAGCAUUAUUCCUCGUCGGCGAGCGGGAAUUCCGGGGUAACGAGCAGCGCCAAUUCGCCGCCCAGAAGCCUCGAGUCCCAUUUGACGGUGUCCCCGUUGAACAGACUUCAAAGCAUGCAGCCGUUCGACUUUCGGAAGCUGGGCACUCUCGGUCUACCAGCGUUUCCGCCGUUGCCACCACCGCCGACCGCGGAUCAGCUGUUGCAGAACCGUAAAUCCAUGAGGAAUCCUCACAGUCCGCACAGUCCACCUCACCAUCACAACAGCAAUCAGUUGCAAAGGCCUCACAUGCCGCCGGUCGCGCCGGUCUCCUCCUCGGCCUUGAAUUUCGGCCAUCCGUUGUCGGUCGCGGUGUCUUCUGGCGCUCUUCCGCCAAAUUUUCCCGCUCACUUUCCACCACCGCCUAUGGGCAAGUCCUCGGGAGGAUUGACCGGAAUGACAGCGCCCUCGGACGUGCACAGCGGCGGUGAGAAGAGCAGCGAGUUCGGCUCAGAAGAGGACGAGGAGGACGACGAGAACUCGGACAGCGCGUUGAAUCUGAGCAGACGGGACAGCGCGUCGAAACACGCGUCCGAACAUCGACAUCAUCCGCCACUACCUCUACAGGCUGGCCCUCUCGGCAGGCCACCCGGUAUACCAGGAAGAAAGCCUCAUUCGCCUGGCAAACGACACGGUAGCCAGUGGGGCGGGUCGGCUAACAUACCGCCCAAUCUUGGUACACCGUUCAUCAAUCCCACCACCGGCAAGAAGAGGGUGCAAUGCAACGUCUGCCUGAAGACCUUCUGCGACAAGGGCGCCCUAAAGAUUCACUUCAGCGCGGUCCAUCUGCGGGAGAUGCAUCAGUGCACGGUGAAAGGGUGCAGCAUGAUGUUUAGUUCCAGAAGAUCGCGCAACAGACACAGCGCAAAUCCGAAUCCCAAACUACAUUCGCCGCAUCUUCGGCGGAAGAUAUCGCCUCACGACGGACGAUCAUCGAUGGCUCACGCCCUAGUCUUGCCACCCCAGGUUGGACUGCCUGUUCCAGGCUCGGGACUGAACCAUUUACCUUUUGGAUCGUUCCCGUUGCUCACCCCGCCUCCCGAUCUCCGAUCUCCUGCCUCUCUGUGCGGCCUAGACUUCAAACACCUGGACCAACCCAGACCGUACGACGAGGCGUUGCAACAACGAAUGAGUGUUAACGCGAGUCUCUCGUCGACGACGGCGCUGACCACGUCCUCCAUGGCGAUGACAACCGCUGCGGAGACGCCUAGCACCACCGUCGCGACCAGAGGAUCGUUCUCCAGUGGGAGCGCAGCGGAUACCGUGUCACCUUCCACUCAAGCGUCGACCGCGGUCGCAGAAGGGGACGAAGACGACGACGAUGACGACGGCGGAAUCGUGGUCGUUGCGGAGGACGACGCUAGCAAUCUACCGUCGAGGCUACCUCUACGUUCCGGAGAGGAGGACGACGAACAACCAGCCGAUUUCAGUCUGACAAAACGAUCGAAGUUGUAUUUCGGCGAGCCCGCGGACGAAGACCUCGUUAGUAAUCCGGAUAGCAACGAGGAUAAUGAUUCAAUGGGCACGGUCGAUCAGCAGAGCUUUUCGAUGAGCCAGCACUCGUUGAACUCGACCUUAUUGCACAGCCGAGGCGUACGGAAGAGAAAAUCGCAACAUCCGACUCGAUGCGCUGUCUUGACCGAGGUACAUUCCUCGUCGUAAAGAGUGAAGCAACGUUGCCUGUCCGACAGCGCGGCCGUUUCGUCGUUGAACGACUUCCAAAGCCAACCGGAGGACAUGUCGAUGUCCCGAUUAGAAGCGGAGGAACGAAAGGCCGUCUCGCCGUGUUCCCCAAAGAAUAUGAACUUCAACGACCACGAGUCGAACUCCUCUCGGUCCCCGGAGGUGUGCAACAGGGACGCGGGAAUGAUAAGCGGUGCUCGGCGGGACGCGGUCUCCGCACACGACAGCGCCGAGGAUCUACCUCAGGACGAGCCGCGUGAUCUGAGCUCGAGAGCGAGCAGCGUCAAAUCGCUCAAGAGACAGGUUAGUCCGGAACCAAAGGCGUCACCUGACUUAGCGGACGUUGCUCCCGUCUCGACGAUCAAGAAAGAGUCGAGCUCCUCGGACCUGACCGACAGACUGAAAAACGAGUGCGAAGACACGGCCGCGACGACGACGACGACGACGACGACGACACCUACGGCGACGGCGACGAAGGAGGACGAGCCGUCGAGAGUGUCCCCGAAAAAGGAGGCAGAGACGGCAGAGGCGAAAGUGAAGGAGGAUGAGAUCCAGGAGGAUGAUGAUGAUGACGACGAGGAUGAGCCGUUGGAGGAGGUCGAGGAGGAUGAUGAUGAUGAGGAGGUGAACGUAGCGCUGCGUAAUCAAGAAGGUGAGCGUCCCGAUGAUCCCUCCCGUGCCCCGAGCUCGGUCGACAGCCGUCCGACGACAGCCGACGACCUCUCCCACGACUCCUCGACCAACACUUUGCGUCAACUCGAGUCCUUGUCGCAGGGUCGCGCGAUGCAGUACACCGGGAUGCAGCGGGCGGUUUCGAGGUCUGGCCGCGGCUCUACCAGCCCCGUCAGCCUCACGACCCACCAGGAGACCACCAUGGACAACUCCUCACGUGGCUCUCGUUCAUCCAGCGCCUCACCCUCCACAGCGGCCAUGGAUACGGACAAUAGCCUGAUCACCUAUGCCCGUUACGAGAACGGCGGUUUCGUCAGCACCCAGGAGGUGCCGUUGGAUCGGGAGAAUCCACGUCGUUGCACCGCGUGCGGCAAGGUGUUCCAGAAUCAUUUCGGUGUCAAGACCCACUAUCAGAACGUUCAUCUGAAGCUGAUGCACCGUUGCAGCGUGGACGGGUGUAACGCGGCGUUCCCGUCGAAGAGGUCGCGUGACAGGCACUCGGCGAACCUGAAUCUCCAUCGGAAGUUAUUGUCCACUUCGUCGAGUCCGCCGUUGUCCUCGAGCCUGCCGCCGAGUCUGUCGCCCAGGGUGGACGACACCCAGAUGAAUCCUCUGUUGCGUAACGAGUUCCUCGCGAGAUUGUACGCGGACGCGGGCAUUGGCGCCCUGGGUGCCUAUCCUCUAACGCCUGGACUACCUUCAGCGGUUGAUCUGGCCGCUAGAAUACCGCCACCGCAUCCGCUUCUGCUGCCACCGCACCUGGGAGCAACAUUCUCGGGUCUGUCCUCGUUCGCCUCGCACCUGGCCGGACUGAACGGUCUGACCCAUCAGCAUCUGAAUCAUCUGACCAGAAUGUCCCAGGAGCAGGGGACCAGACACAUCCCGGGUUCCGGCUCUCCGUUGUCCUCGCCAGGCUCCGAGGACCGAAAAGAGGAGGCCAGGUGUACGAUACCGGGCUGCGAGCGUGUGUUCGGCUCCAGAGCGGUCAGAGAUGCCCACUCGAGGGAUCCCCAGGCCCAUCGUGACCUACCUUCUGUUCUGUCGACCAGCGGUUCGUGA